AUGGAUCGAAGCGUACGGAAGCGAAAAGCAGACGAUGAGCAAGAGGAGCUGAAAAAGGCGCUAAGAAAGUUUGAAGAUGAAUUCGGUAACAUGGGUGGCACCAUAGAUCGUGGGCCUAAAGCUUUUAUUCGCUCAGAAGUGGUCAAUGCUAACAAAACAGUGAGUAGCGCAAAACAACUUUACAAACCGGAGCCUAUCGUGCCAAUUCAACGUUCGCUCCCAGUUAGUGGGAGCUCCUUUGAGGAAUCGAAACGAUUAGCAGCCGAGAAGGCUCGUCGCAUGCUGGAAGAGGCGCACAAAGGAAAGGGUCCAAUACCACAAGUCAUUCCAUCAAGUGCGAGCCGACCUGUUUCACGACCUCCUCGACCUGGUGCUGCAAGGGCUGUCCAGAAGAGCAAGACAAGCAAUUUGGAAGCGUUCAAGGAAGAACUGAAAAAGGUCCAACAAGAGAGAGAUCAACGUAAAGGACUGAGGGACCAUUUGAGAGCAGAGCUUGGAGUUGACACGGAAGCAUUGGACAAGAUUGCUCCUCCCCUUGAUAAACCCUAUAUGGGAAGUGGGGAAUACGACGAUGAUCCGUAUACAACAAAUUUGUAUAUCAGCAACCUUCCUAUCGACAUGACGAUGGAGGAUUUGUUUGAUUCGUUCGGAUCAUUCGGGCCCUUGGCAUCGGCCAAAAUAUUGUUCCCUCGUACAGAAGAAGAGAAAAGACGUGAUCAUCUCUGCGGUUUCUGCGCAUUUAUGUGUAGGGAAGACGUGGACCGCGCCCUUGCACAAAUGAUGGGAUUCUUUAUUCGAGGAGAGCCCAUAAGAAUGUCUUUUGCUAAACCUAUUGUAAUACCUCCUCAGCCAUUCUACGUACCUCCACCUCUACUAGAAUUGAGUGCGCCUGAUCCCAUCACUGAGCUGCCUUUCAACGCCAAACCUCUGCUUCGAGAUAUUACGGCUUGGAAGGAAAAGUACGGUCCUCUUCCUCAUUAUGGAGAGCCAAUAAAAUUCGAGGGCGAACAACUGGAGGCCUACAAUCAGAUGAUCAAGAACGCGACAGUUCGUGUAGUGAUUCCGUCAGACAGAUCAUUUUAG